GUUAACGUUAUUCCAACAUUCACUUGUUUUGUCUUUCUGUUUUUUUUUUCCCCCGAGAAUUAGAAAAGCCAGCACUGAUUUAAUCAUCCCGUAACUUUGUGACUUCUAGAGAAGAUGAGAAACGUGUCGUAUUUGUUUGUUUGGUUAUCCAUGUGUGUCUGAUUGAGCCAACAGUAAGCAUGCUGACUGCACAGAGGGCAUGUGCAGCAAUGGCUGCCAGGCGCCUGGUUAGAGCGUCAGUCUCCUCAGCACACACACACCGCUCUCUGAUCCACACUUCCAUACCAUGGCAGGACCAGGUUGAGCUUCACUCUGAAUGGGCCAGUCUGGCUAAGAAACAGCUUAAAGGGAAGAACCCAGAGGAUCUGAUCUGGCGCACACCAGAGGGACUCAACAUCAAGCCUGUGUACACUAAAGCAGACUCAGCCCGUGGUGCUGAUGAAUUGCCAGGAGUGUUUCCCUAUACUAGGGGGCCCUAUCCCACCAUGUACACUUACAGACCGUGGACCAUCAGGCAGUAUGCUGGCUUUAGUACUGUGGAGGAGAGCAACAAGUUCUAUAAAGAUAACAUUAAAGCUGGACAACAGGGUCUCUCCGUGGCUUUUGAUCUCCCGACGCACCGCGGUUAUGAUUCAGACAACCCCCGAGUCCACGGAGAUGUCGGCAUGGCUGGAGUCGCUAUAGACACAGUUGAGGACAUGAAGAUGCUUUUUGAUGGAAUCCCUCUGGAGAAGAUGUCUGUUUCAAUGACAAUGAAUGGAGCAGUUAUUCCUGUAUUGGCUAUGUUUAUUGUGACUGGAGAGGAGCAGGGUGUGCCUAAAGCCAAACUAACAGGUACAAUUCAAAACGACAUUUUGAAGGAGUUUAUGGUACGAAACACCUAUAUUUUCCCCCCAGAGCCUUCAAUGCACGCCAUUGCAGACAUAUUCGCUUACACCUCCCAGCACAUGCCCAAGUUCAACUCGAUAUCCAUCAGUGGCUACCACCUUCAGGAGGCUGGAGCUGAUGCCAUCCUGGAAGUGGCCUACACCAUCGCUAAUGGCCUCGAGUACUGCCGCACCGGUCUGAAAGCAGGCUUAACCAUCGAUGAGUUUGCCCCAAGGUUGUCGUUCUUCUGGGGUAUUGGGAUGAAUUUCUACAUGGAAAUUGCCAAGCUGAGGGCAGGCAGGAGAUUAUGGGCCACACUCAUUCAAGAGAACUUCCAGCCCAAGAAUGCAAAGUCUCUCCUGCUGCGCACACACUGCCAGACUUCAGGCUGGUCUCUCACCGAACAAGAUCCAUACAACAACGUGAUUCGAACGGUGAUUGAAGCCAUGGCAGCUGUGUUCGGGGGGACCCAGUCACUCCACACUAACUCAUUCGAUGAAGCUCUUGGCUUGCCCACAGUGAAGAGCGCUCGCAUUGCCAGGAACACCCAGAUCAUCAUCCAGGAGGAGUCGGGCAUCCCCAAAGUCGCUGACCCCUGGGGUGGUUCGCACAUGAUGGAGUCUCUCACGGAGGACGUCUACAACACGGCCCUAAAGUUCAUCAAAGACAUUGAAGAUAUGGGAGGCAUGGCCAGAGCUGUGGCAGAGGGUAUUCCAAAACUACGCAUUGAGGAAUGUGCAGCACGUAGACAGGCCCGCAUUGACUCAGGAUCAGAAGUCAUCGUCGGCGUGAAUAAGUACCGUCUGGAAAAAGAGGAGAGUGUAGAGGUGCUGGCCAUAGACAACACUGUUGUACGUCAGAAACAGAUUGAAAAACUGAAAAAGGUGAGGGAAAGUCGUGACCCUCAGGCAGCGAAGAAGUGCCUGGCAGCCAUUGAGGAGUGUGCCCAAACCAGAGAGGGCAACCUUUUAGCCCUGGCCGUGGAGGCAGCUCGAGCCAGAUGCUCUGUUGGUGAAAUCACUGAUGCCAUGAAGAAAGUGUUUGGCGAACACAAGGCCAGCACCAGGAUGGUGAGCGGGGCUUACCGCAGCGAGUUUGGGGAGCAUGAAGAGAUUGCCCUGACCCACAACAGAGUUGCAGAUUUUAAGAAGCACGAGGGCAGGAACCCUCGACUGCUUGUUGCAAAGAUGGGGCAGGAUGGCCACGACAGAGGAGCCAAAGUCAUUGCCACAGGGUUUGCCGACCUGGGCUUUGAUGUGGACAUCGGACCACUGUUUCAGACUCCCCUUGAGGUUGCCCAGCAGGCGGUCGAUGCUGAUGUUCACUGUGUCGGGGUCAGCACUCUUGCCGCAGGACACAAGACCCUGGUCCCAGAGCUCAUCAAGGAACUACGGAAGCUCAACAGGCCAGAUAUUCUUGUCAUCUGUGGAGGUGUCAUCCCACCACAGGAUUAUGAGUUCCUAUACCAGAGUGGUGUGUGUGCAAUCUUCGGUCCAGGAACCAGGAUCCCACAAGCUGCAGUGGAGGUUAUUGACAACAUUGAGAAGAGUCUGGAAAACAUCCGGCAGGCCAUGUGAACUCUUAAGAAAAAACUACAACAAGAGCUGUCUAUUCAUGCUGUGCCAAGAACAGAGUCACAAGUGCGAGCCAACACUUUUGUACAGAAUCUGUUUGACUGGUAGCAUGAAGUCGUAAAAAACUGUUCACAGCAUGUACAGAAGUUAGAAUCACUACCAACCUGUGGGGAUGUUAUGCUUGUAUUAACACUCCAUUCCCUGUAUAUCAGAUUUGAUUUUAACUAGUAAUAGGAUCCCCAGAGUUUGCAGUAACUUCACAAAGAAACAAAAUUAACAUCACCAAUAAAGAGUGUAGUGUUUUUUGUUUUUUUUUCAUUGAGGGAAUCACUCAAAAUCUAAAGAAAUACUGUCACACAUAAACGUUUCAGAUGGGUAAAUGGGGAUUGAACUAUUUCCCUCCUUUGAAACAUGCUUGUGUGAGAAUUGCAUUGGUUGCAGGGAGAGUAAUAUCACUGUAAAUAUCUUUGAAAUUCUAAAAUAUAAUUGGGAACUGGGACCCUUGGUGAACACUGUAGACUGUAAUAGGAUAUAAUUCAAUAUUCACGACGGAAAUCAGACUAUAUUAAGACCUUUACCCACACUUAAACAAUGGAACAUACAUUACGUUUAAUCAAAUUGGAACAGCUUAACAGACACAGUAUCAUGUGACAGAAAUUUGGCUUGAGAAGAGCAGAGCAUUUUUUGCCAUCAGUAUAAAACAAAGGACAAUAAACCUUGGAAUGUAAUGCUUUUUUUGUAAGCUGUCUGUGUGUAAUUUGCAGUUACCUAGCAGGGUGUGAAUAGUGCUAGUGUAGUGCGGAUGGAUAGACAGAAAUUCACAUCAAAACGAACCUCUGUGGAACCCUUACCUCUGAUUUUUAUGUUUAUGGAUAUUAUCAUAUUGACAGUGGCCUUUUCAAUAGUUGUUUCGAUCUUUCCUCCCUGCAUAAUGUUUGAUUUAACCAGCUUCAGUCGGUGAUCACAAUUUAUGAAGAUUUCCGAAAUGGUAUUUUUCUAUGUGUGAUUCUGAAUCAGAGUUGGUGCUGUUCAGUCUAAAUAAAGUAUGUGUACUUUGGAAAUGUGA